UAAUAACUUAUCACGUAUUUUCUCUCCAUUUUGACUAGGUUUAUAAAGGACAAAAAGUAAUAAAUAAUAACAGAACUAAUUUGGUACCAACCCAACAUUAAAUAGAAGUCAAUUUUUCAUGAACCCAGAAUCAUUCCUCUAGCAAAAAUGACUACCUUACUCACAAUCUUCGCAAUUUUAAUCCUCUCGACAAUACCCAUAUCCACCUCUCUUCCAACAUACUUGUACAGCAUAUGCCCAAACACCACCUUCCCAACCAACAGCAAGUACAAAACCAACCUAAACACCCUUUUCCAAUCACUCAACACUCACGCCGUCUCGAAUCCCACCGGAUUUUACAUGACUUCCGCCGCAAACGGCACAAGCGACGCCGUCUACGGCCUCUUCCUCUGUCGAGGUGACCAAAACUUCAGCUCGUGUAGCGACUGCGUUAAAACCGCUACCACCACAGACUUACCUAAAACAUACUGUCCUACCUCGAAGAUGGCUGUAAUCUGGUACGACGAGUGUAUGGUAAGAUACUCCAACGAAUCUCUUUAUGGUAAAAUGACGGAUUCUCCGCAAGUGAUGUUAACCAACACACAGAAAAUCGAUGGAAAUCAAACUGCGUUCGGCGAAAUUAUGAUGAAAACUAUGAAUAGUAUGGCUGUGCAGACUGCUAAUAAUCGAUCUGGAAUGAAAUUUACGGCGGAAACGGUGAAUUUUUCGAGGUCGAUAACGUUGUAUGGAUUAGAACAGUGUACGCCAGAUUUAUCGGCUACGGAUUGCGAUCGAUGUUUAGGGCUUGCGAUUGGGAAGUUGUCGGUCAUGCAAGGUGCCAGAAUUUUGAUGCCGAGUUGUAAUAUUCGGUAUGAGAUCUACCCUUUCUAUAAUGGUGCUGUUAAUUUUACAGCAACUACAAGUACAAAUACGACCUUGAGUAAUGAGAAUGGCAAGAAGAAAGUAUCAGCAAAGUUGAUCGUUGCCAUUGUAGCUCCAGUGGUAGUAUUCUCAUUGCUAUUACUUGCCGUCGGCACACGCUGCAUCAAGAAACGAGCUAAAAAAUUUUAUUCUGUGCCCCAUGGAUAUGGUGAAGAUUUUGCAGCAGUUGAAUCCUUGCAAUAUGAUCUUGCGUUGCUUCAAUCUGCAACCAACAAUUUUUCAAAUGAGAAUAAACUCGGAGAAGGUGGCUUUGGCUGUGUCUAUAUGGGUAUGUUGUCAACUGGACAAGAAAUAGCAGUCAAGAGGUUGUCUAGAGGUUCUGGGCAAGGUGUACAAGAAUUCAAGAAUGAGGUGUUGUUAGUAGCCAAGCUUCAACAUAGAAAUUUAGUGAGGCUUUUGGGUUUUUGUAUUGCAGGUGAAGAAAAGUUGCUAGUGUAUGAAUAUGUCCCCAACAAAAGCCUUGACCAAUUCCUUUUUGAUUCUGAACAAAAACGGAAAUUGAAUUGGGAAAGACGAUACAAAAUUAUAGGAGGGGUAGCACGAGGGAUGCUUUAUCUCCACCAAGAUUCUCGACUUAGAAUCAUACAUCGUGAUCUUAAAGUAAGUAAUAUAUUGUUAGAUACAGAUAUGAAUCCUAAAAUUUCUGACUUUGGCAUGGCAAGGAUAUUUGGGGUGGACCAAACACAAGGAAAUACAAGUAGAGUCGUGGGGACAUAUGGGUAUAUGUCUCCGGAGUAUGCAAUGCACGGUCAAUUCUCGGUUAAAUCUGAUGUAUACAGCUUUGGGGUGCUAGUGUUAGAGACUAUUAGUGGCAAAAGAAACAGUAAUUUCUAUCAAUCCGGCUAUGCAGAGGACCUUUUGAGCUAUGCAUGGAAGCGUUGGAAAGAUGGCAUACCCUUAGAAUUUGUGGACGAGACUAUAAGAGACUCAUGUUCGAUACACGAAGUAAUUAGAUGCAUGCACUUGGGCUUGCUAUGUGUUCAAGAGAACGUAGAAGAAAGGCCUACAAUGGCAACUGCAGUAUUAAUGUUGGAGAGCUAUUCAAUCACUCUUCCAGUGCCAAAACAACCAGCUUUCUUUAUUCAAUCUAAUGUCAAGGGCUUUGGUUCCGAUCAAUCAACGAGUAAAUCGAUGCCAUUGUCUGUGAAUGAUAUCUCAGUGACUGAAGUCGAAGCCAGAUAGGCCCUGCAUCAUGGAUGACUAGAGAUGAGCAUGUAAUUAAUUAUGUGUUUUCUUAAUAAAAUAAGUUGAAAUCAGGCUAGAACACCAAUAUAUUUUUCCUGUAUUUGUAGCUGCAUAGAAUAUUACUGUGGCAACUUCAAUAUUUCAGAGGAAACAAAAAACUGGAAUUACCUAGUACUGUAUUUGUAAUUUCCAUAUGUUGGGACAAGUUCCAAAUCUCACAAUGAUGGAGGUGAGUUUAAUCACCUUGUUGCUUACUCAAUGGCUUAUACGAUUGAGAAUGAUGAUGAGUGUGAGAUGAAGUAUGGAAUGAUACACUUUGGAUCACUUGAGGAAGUGACAAAAGUAGAGGAUUAAGUGUGCUUUAAUGAGUAUGGGAAGGCUUGAGAAGGCUUGAGGAAGGCUCCUACAUGUGCUUCGAGGCAAGAUACAAGGAGACAGCUGCUCGCUCGAGGCAGCAAUGAAACGAAGUCAGUAGAUGUAGGCUGGUAUCCGCUCAUUCGAGCGCCUUGGCUGCUUGUUUGAGCGAGCUUAUACAGGACUCAUUUUGCGUUUUUCAAUCUUGCGGUUUUUGGUUUGGGCUUUUAAACCUUAUGUCCUAGGGUUUCUAAUAUGUGCUAGGCUAUAUAAAAGAGGCUUAGAACAUCAUUAGGAGUAAGAAAGUGAGGCUAAUACACUAGAAGCAACUAGGGUUCAAUACCAAGAGAGUUUUUCAUUGUAUUAAUGAGUUUGUGUAAAACCACCAUAAAAGGUGAGGUGUUUGCUUUGAGAGGUUGUUCUUAAAGCUUGUGUGGCUAGUCAUGUAUUGUUGAGUAUAUUAAUGAAAGUAAUCUUUGUUUGAGGGGGAGAUAUCCAUAGAUACCUCAUAAA